CAACACUCAUCGACUCGCCUCCAGGCAGCCAUUUUGAAUAACUGCGGUCAAAGUGGGCCGAGUCGGAACCCCGUUUCGUCGGCGAUUUCUAGUUGUAAACACGGUGUUUCUUCACCCAAAUCUUGGUUAACGGUCGGAAACUUUGUCACAUUUCUUUCAGCAUGUCUGGACAGAGUGUUCUGGACCGUGUCACGGCGGCCAAGCACACGAUAACCGGCUCCGACUUGGCGAAGUCCGUCUGCAAGGCGACUACCGCAGAAGUGAUGGGCCCGAAGAAGAAGCAUUUGGACUAUUUACUCCAGUGCACAAUGACCGAGCACAUCAACAUUCCGGAGCUGGCUGACCUAAUUAUUGAACGCACCACAAAUACCAACUGGGUCAUCGUCUACAAAGCUCUCAGCACAUGCCAUAAUCUUAUGAUAUACGGACAUGAAAGAUUUAUACAGUAUUUGGCAACGAGGACGGUAGUCUUCAGUUUGGAAGCUUUUAUGGACAAAGCAAAUGUUCAAGGUUAUGACAUGUCAACGUAUAUCAGACGCUACUCCAAGUAUCUCAACCAGAAAGCGCUGUCGUACAGAACUGUGGCGUUCGAUUUCUGCAGAGUUAAAAGAGGGAAAGAAGAGGGGAAAUUAAGGACGAUGCAAGCAGAAAAGUUGUUGAAAACGCUACCAAUCCUGCAGGACCAGAUGGAUGCACUUUUAAGCUUUGAGAUUUCACAAAAUGACCUGUCGAACGGAAUAAUUAACGGGAGUUUCAUGCUGCUCUUCAAGGAUGUCAUAAGACUCUUCGCUUGUUACAACGACGGAAUUAUCAAUCUUCUUGAGAAAUUUUUUGAAAUGAAUAAAAAGGACUGCAAACAGGCGCUUGACAUCUACAAAAAGUUCUUGACGAGAAUGGAGAGAGUGGCUGAGUUCCUUAAAAUAGCAGAGAAAGUUGGCAUAGACAAAGGUGAAAUUCCAGAUUUAGCACAGUUUUUGGACGUACCUGCCGAGUAUAAAAGUGCACCUAGUACUCUCCUAGACGCUCUUGAAGCACACUUAGCUUCAUUGGACAGCAAAAAGGCUUGGACCAAACCAGCGAGUGUCAGCUUGGCGGUGAGCGCCUUCGCAAACUCGGUCUCCCACAUCGACUCCCACGAGAAGAGACAAGCCAUAGAGGAAGAGAAGGAACGACUCGCCGCCCUGAAGGUAGCCGCCUCUGCCGAUCAAUCCACCACAGAUCUCUUCUCAGCUCAGCCACUUAAUGUUGCAUUGAAGAACACGAACGCGAAGCAGAUGCAAGACCAGAACGAUGUGCAGAAGGCACCCCAGCAGGUCACGCCAGCACACAACAAUCCCUUCCUCUCCUCCCCUACCACCUCGCCGGUCCAUCAACCAACCACAACAGCAGUCUCUAGAGAUAUCUUCGGCGCUCCACCACAAGGAACGGUGACUCAGCCAUCAAGUACCAAGCUUUCCAGCGAUCUGAUUGGUCUGACUCCAUCAGCCAUGAGUCCAUCCCUACAGGCUCAGCUUGGCCAGCCUAGAAUGCCCAACCAAGCACAGUGGGGUGCCUCAAAUGUCCUGACAGCCACCUCCAGUUCGCCACUCCACAUUACGGCAGCGGGGUCCCCGAUACGGGCCUGCGCCUCGGCUCCGGGUAGUUACAAGGAAUCGUUUGAGCCGUUCGGAAAUGCACAGACAAUGGACAACAACAACCCUUUUAAUGACCCGGAACCAUUUGACACCCAGUUCCCUGACCCUGUUCCUCCCGCGCCAGCUCACAACCAUUCCAACACCUUCCUGGGUGUGCCCACCAGCGCCCCCUUCCCAAACUUUCAUGAAGAAAGCAUUCUGGAUCAGGAGGACAAAACGUCGCAGCUUGAGUCGGUGUUCGGAGCGCCCCCUAUCUCCCCGGCCGGCACUCCAAAAUUUCAAAAGCGGCCGGAGAAUCAAAACACUCUGCCCUCGCCUAGCCUGGCUAACACUGCAGAGCCAGUGUUUGAAGCAGAAUUCCCCCAGUAUGAUGGGGCACAGGCUAACUCCCCAGGGAUCACCAACAACAACGACAUCGGGGCAAACUUUGACAAAGUCUUUACGGGAAAUUCCCAACAGAAUGCGAACACACAAGAGUUAUUCGGCGACAUCCUCCAGCCGAUGAACUCCACGGGUCAACCCCAGAGGGUCCCAGAGAAUCCAGUCACCACCAACGAGACCGGGGACCUGGACACCACGUUGAGUAAGUUGGCCACCAACAUCAGUCUGGACAUCAGGGGAUCCAUGUCACCCAAGAAGGCUGCUCCUAUGAGCAUGGAGUUUGAGCUCCACGGCUCACAACGCCUCAAGUCAGAUCAUCAGUGGAAUAAGCAAUCGUCAAACAUGGCCGGAAGCAGAACGGGUGGUGCAGCAUGGCAACCUGUACAGAUGGCAUCCACAACAUGGCCGCAGCAACAACCAUACAUGGAGCCUGCAGGCCAAGCGCAGAUUCCGCAAAUGGGUAUGGGCCCGAGGCCGGUAGGCGCUCAGCCGGGGAUGGUAGGCAUGUACCCACAGGGUGCACCAGGACAGCACGCGGGUGCUGGGUACCCACAGCAGCAACCAAGAAUGGCGCAACAACAGCAACAACCAAAUGAUCCAUUUGGAAAUCUUUGAGAGCGGUAGCUCUCCGAGGCACACAUUGAGGGUUGAUAAUUUUUAUCCUAAAACACUAACGGGGGGGGGGGGGGGGUCUGGACCCAGAAAAACAACCAACCACAGCAACAUCUUCCACAUGAACACCGACCAAUCAGAGACGUCCUGGAAGUCGCAGAGCUUUUGUUAUGCUAAUGAGGACAUUUCAAUAUUCAUUAAGUGUAUUUCAUAUAUAACUAUAUAUAUAUUAUAGGAAUUCUAUAUGAUGUAAAUAAGUAUGACUGAACCAUCCGAUAAGCAUUCACGCUUUAUAAAACAAGUAUGUAGACAGGUCGUAGUGUCCACUCUCCAGGAGAAGUGUGUCUUGUUGGUCAGAGUAUUGUUGGUCAGAGUAUCUCUGUUUAUCUAUCCUUGUGGUGAACUUGAAACAAAAAACCUGUCCCAAUACUGAAGGAGUAAUUGAUUGUUGCCUGUAAACCGUCAGUCCAUGAACCGCCAAUCCAGAAUUCACUCUCCAGGAGAAGUGUGUGUUGUUGGUCAGAGUAUCUCUGUUUAUCUAUCCUUGUGGUGAACUUGAAACAAAAAGCCUGUCCCAAUACUGAAGGAGUAAUUGAUUGUUGCCCGCAAGGUGCCAGUCCGUUCCUCCCUAAGAAUUAUAGGGGGGCGUAGUGUGGACUGUCUUGUAAGUGGAUUGUCUUGCCACAGUGAGGGUGUGGUAGCAUGGCGUACAUAUAUAUAUUCCUUUAGACUGUGUUCUGUAAGAGAUGCUCAGCCAGUUUAGAGAGGAAGGUCGACUUUUGGGAGUAUUGUGGUCUUCUCGUUG